GAGCGGGAGUCAAGGAUGGUGAUGUUACUGGGAACUGCCUGCUCUGAGGUCACUGAGAGCAUCGCCAAGAUUGUCCCUUACUGGAACAUAGUGCAGGUGUCAUUCGGGUCCACGUCGCCAGCUCUCAGUGACCGCUCCGAGUUUCCUCUGUUCUGCCGCACGGUAGCACCUGAUUCCUCACACAACCCAGCACGGAUUGCGUUUAUAAGACAGUUCGGCUGGGACACGGUGACUGCCUUCACCCAGAAUGAAGAGGUCUACUCCUUAGCCGUCAACGAGCUGGUGACCCAGCUGGAAGCAGCCAACAUCACCUGCGCCGCUUCCAUCACCUUCGCAGAGUCCGACUUCAAGGAACAGCUUCAGCAGUUGAAGGAGCUGGACACGAGGAUUAUUAUAGGCAGCUUCUCGCAAGAGAUGAUUCCGAAGAUAUUUUGCGAGGCGUUCAAGCUGGGCAUGUUCGGCGCGGAAUACGCGUGGCUGGUGGCGGGCGCGCCGCCGCGAAUACGGGGCGCGGCGCCCUGUGCGCGAGCGCAGCUUGCUCGCGCCUUAGAAGGGCUCGUCACUGUGACGGCGCAUAGAGGCAUCGUGGGUGAUGGGACCAGCUUCUCCGGUUUGGCGUUCAAGCUGGGCAUGUUCGGCGCGGAAUACGCGUGGCUGGUGGCGGGCGCGCCGCCGCGAAUACGGGGCGCAGCGCCCUGUGCGCGGGCGCAGCUUGCUCGCGCCUUAGAAGGGCUCGUCACUGUGACGGCGCAUAGAGGGAUUGUGGGCGAUGGGACUAGCUUCUCCGGUUUGACCAACGAGAUGUUCAGCCGAGAAAUGGAGCACGCCGGAGUGUCAGUCUCCUCCUACGCCCCUCAAACAUACGACGCUGUCUGGGCCAUAGCCCUAGCCCUGAGCAAGGCUGAAAACCUCUGGCGGAACCAGGAGGAAGGCAACAGCACCAGGCGAGGCAAACUGGGACUCGGCCAUUUUGAUUACGACCGCAAAGACAUGGCUGAAGAGUUCCUGAACCAGUUGGCCAAUUUGAGUUUUUUAGGCGUGUCGGGUCCAGUGUCGUUCAAUGGAGCUGACAGAAUUGGAACUUCUGCAUUCUACCAAAUUCAAGGCCGACCAAAAACAGUAGCUCUCUACACCAACGGCCGAGAGCUAACCUGCAGUGACUGUGCACGACCGCAAUGGGCCGGUGGCAUCCCCGCGGCCAAAAGGGUCCUGGUUCUCAGAGUCGACUCCGUGUGGGCGCCAGNGGCACCGGCGAGAUUGGCAGUGGCCACACUGGCGGCUGCUGGCGUGGCUUUGGCACUGGCGUUUUUAGUCUUCAAUUUACAUUAUAGCAAGCGAAGGUCCAUAAAGCUGUCUUCGCCUCGCCUGAACAACAUGACCCUGAUCGGCUGUGUGCUGGUGUACACUGCUGUGGCCCUGCUGGGACUCGACAACGCUACCCUGCCUUCAUACGUGCCCUUCUCUGCUAUGUGCACUGGCAGAGUGUACAUCUUGUCAGCGGGUUUCUCGCUCGCUUUUGGAUCUAUGUUUGCGAAGACGUACCGAGUUCAUAGAAUUUUCAUCAGCAACCGCAGCGGAGUGUGCAAGACUAAGCUCCUUCAAGACACACCGCUAAUAUCCCUGGUCUGCGCGCUACUAGUCAUCGAUGGCAUGAUCGUGACCCUAUGGGCCAUGCUGGACCCCAUGGAGCGGCACCUCAAGAACCUCACCAUAGAGAUCAGCGCCACGGAUAGGAGCGUCGUUUACCAGCCACAGAUAGAAAUCUGCAAGUCCCAAAACACUACCGGCUGGCUUUGCGCUCUAUACGCCUACAAGGGUCUACUCCUCAUAGUCGGGGUCUACAUGGCAUGGGAGACCAGGAACGUCAAGAUAUCUGCUCUAAACGACUCCAAGUACAUUGGCAUCAGCGUUUACUCUGUGGUCAUCACCAGUACAAGCGUCGUGGUCAUUGGAACGAUCAUAUCAGAGAGGGCUACGUUAGCGUACAUCACAAUUACAAGCUUGAUUCUGAUCACGACGACUUCCACGCUAUGUUUGCUGUUCUUGCCUAAAAUUAUUGCUAUUAGGACUAAAAGUGAAGACGACCCCGUUAUCCAAAGUUUAGGCCUGAGACUAGAAUGUAAGACUAGAAGAUUCGUGACAGACGAAACACAAGAGCUACACUUUAGGAUAGAAAUACAGAACAAAGUUUACAAGCGGGAGGUGGCUGCCCUCGACAAGGAGAUUGGAAGACUGGAGAGGCUUUUAGCAGAACCACUCGAGUCUACCAGCAGUUCCAGUGCUUCAAUCGCUCUGAGAACGCCCAGUGUGAGCGGAGGUCUACCCAUGCUUCUCCUCUCAGUUCUACCCCCUGUCAUACCCCGAGCGAGCUGGCCUUCCGCCGAAGCCUGCCGCGGCCGAAACUCCGUCAGCUUCAGCUCGCAACCAAAACUAUACCACAGGAAGUCUCAACCAGCUAUCGACCUAUACAAUCUGUGCCUAAACAAGCGAGAAGAACACACAGGUCUUCUCAGCAGACUGAAAAGCUUCUUCGGCAGUAGACCGAGCAGCAGAAAAGCAUCUACUAUGUCCAUAGCUGAUCCAACUGGACAAAGCAUAGCAGCUGCUCUGAAGAUGCACGUGGGAAUGAUAGCUGGUCUCAUGCCAGGGAACAGAAAACACUCCAUGGUUUUAUCAUGCAACACGCUGCAUGUUCCCCACCCUGAGUUGAGAUUACGUAGGGAAUCUUACGCAAAGAGCGGACCCAUCAUAAGGAUAACAGACGACGAACCGUCAUGCUCAUAUCAGCCGGGAGAGGCUCGAAAAAGCAUAUCAUCUACAACCAAUAAAUACGUGGCAGAGCCAGAGACAAAAGUGAACUUCGUGUUGCCAACUACCCACAAAAGGCCGAUGUCACAUCAAAACUCUUGCGAGAGAUUCAAGGGUUCUCCGAGAUUCCCUCACAGGAUUUCUCCAACAGCUACCAGUUUGACUACCCUCGACACUAGAAGAAAAACCAGUGCUGACAGUGUGUUCAAUAUAUCAGGGAGGAUAUGCGACGAGCAGCGGCGGUACAGUCACCAGAAUAUGACAGUCAACCAAGAGGCUAAGGAUAAGUCGACGGAACUGAACACUGUAGAAGAAGAAGGCAGAUGCCGGUCAGAUCCCGACAGGAGAACGCCAAGUGUCAGCGGAGGUCUUCCCAUGCUUCUCCUCUCAGUUCUACCCCCUGUCAUACCCCGAGCGAGCUGGCCAUCCGCCGAAGCCUGCCGCGGCCGAAACUCCGUCAGCUUCAGCUCGCAACCAAAACUAUACCACAGGAAGUCUCAACCAGCUAUCGACCUUUACAAUCUCUGCCUCAACAAGCGAGAAGAACACACCGGUCUUCUUAGUAGACUAAAAAGCUUCUUCGGCAGUAGACCGAGCAGUAGAAAAGCAUCUACUAUGUCCAUAGCUGAUCCAACUGGACAAAGCAUAGCAGCUGCUCUGAAGAUGCACGUAGGAAUGAUAGCUGGUCUCAUGCCAGGGAACAGAAAACACUCCAUGGUUUUAUCAUGCAACACGCUGCAUGUUCCCCACCCUGAGUUGAGAUUACGAAGGGAAUCUUACGCAAAGAGCGGACCCAUAAUAAGGAUAACAGACGACGAACCUUCAUGCUCAUAUCAGCCGGGAGAGGCUCGAAAAAGCAUAUCAUCGACUACCAAUAAAUACGUGGCAGAGCCAGAGACAAAAGUGAACUUCGUGUUGCCAACUACACACAAAAAGCCGAUGUCCCACCAAAACUCUUGCGAGAGAUUCAAAGGUUCUCCGAGAUUCCCUCACAGGAUUUCUCCUACAGCUACCAGUUUGACUACCCUCGACACUAGAAGAAAAACCAGUGCUGACAGUGUGUUCAAUAUAUCAGGGAGGAUAUGCGACGAGCAGCGGCGGUACAGUCACCAGAAUAUGACAGUCAAUCAAGAGGCAAAAGAUAAAUCUAUUCUGGAAAGCAAAUGGAAGUCGACAGAAGACGCCAGACCUGGACCUUCGUCUCAGAAUUAG